UUCGAACUACAAAAUUCUCUCUUCGGAUAUAGAAAAUAUUUAUUCUUUUAGUUUUGUGAGGCCCUGCUCCAUAUCGUAAUAAAGGGAAUUCAGAAUGGAAAUUAUCCGAUGCAGUUCUUCUGAAAAUAUAUCGAGUGACCCGAGAGGGUCAGGGUGAGCACAAAAGGGAGGCAUAUUGCCCUCUGGGGUAAAGUAUAAACUCAGGAUCUCAUUAGUAACAGUUAGUGCAUACGGAACUUUUAUAGUGUGAAGUGUCUCUUGAGUGUGUAGAGUCACAACUGAUAUUUGAAUAAUAAUUUAAAGUGUCAAGAUACGUCAAGUGUUUGUUUUCUACCCAAUAAUCCAAUGGAGGAAAAUAAUACUGUCGCAAGUACGAUAACUAGGCGUUGAGCAAUUGUGUAAGAAUUAGAGAUUGACGAUUUGUUGAUAUUUAUCUGUCACAUUUCUUCUUUGUAAUUAAUUAUCAUUAGUCGAUUUAUAUAAUCUUAAUUGGAUGUGAUAACGUUUUAUCAUUUUUCGGACGUACAUUAAAUACACAGUUCGCUCGGUAAAGAGGGUAAAUUGCACAGGCUCGGCUGUGACCUCUCUGUUGAGAAUAGUGUCGUAACGCAUUUGAGGAGAACUUUCUCGAGUGAUACCUACAAUGGAAAAUGGCAAUAAUGAACCGUCUUACGAUAAUGGAAUUUGGAAAGGAGUGGUUACACAGCCAACGAAAUGGUAUCGCUACAGAUCGGAAUUAUUGGAGAGCCUUCGAAAAUUUCCCGAUCGCAUCGUCCAAAUUGAUCAUAUCACGAAUCGAAAAGACUCAUAUCGGGAGCUAGCUGACCGUGUCGUCAGAUGUGCUAUUUGGUUGAAACGGCAAAACCUCAAACCUGAUGAUGUUAUUGGAAUAUGUACAUAUAAUCAUCUGGACACAUUUGUUCCAGUGUUAGCCAUUAUCCUGACAGGACACAUCAUGAAUCCCUGGUGGAACGCUGUCUUAGACAAUGACUUGGCCAAAUAUUUUCUGAAUCUCACCCAACCAAAAAUCGUUUUCGCCGAUGACGUCACCAUAGACAUCAUUAAAGAGGCAGUCGCUGAAGUUGGAUCAACCGCCAAGGUCAUUGCGUUCCGGGAAACCCCUGGUUUCGAAUCUCUCGACAAUAUUCUCAUGUCCCCAAGUGCAUCUGAAGUAGCUGAAUUCCGUCCAAAUGAUCUACAAGAUAUAGACGAACCAUUCUGGAUCGCGUACACAUCCGGAAGCACGGGAUACCCGAAAGGCGCCGUCAUCAGUUACCGACGAAUUAUUGUCGAUGUGGGUUCAAUUCCUGAAGAACCCUCGAUCAAUUUUUGGGUCCCUGCCAUAUGCUGGACUACCGGGGUGGUAAACAUGUUAAUAACCAUCACCAGAUGCUCCUCAGCGAUCAUUUGCCCUGGCGCAACUGAAGAAAUUAUCGCCCAGAUACUGGACAAAUACAAGGUUACCCACAUGCUGAUGUCAAACGCCGCAAUUGCUUCUAGAAUGAUGAAAGUAGAAUCGAUUAAGGAGUAUGAUUUUUCAUUCGUGAAGAUGGUCAUGUUUGGUGGAGUUGCACUGCUCCCCGAAGUCGAUAAAUUUCUCAUGAAUCUCUUUCCAAAUGCCCUAAUAUCGAAUGCAUACGGUUCCACAGAAGCCGCUUUCAUAUGCAUGCGUAGGAAGAAAAUGAGGAAGUUAACAUCAUGUGGACAAGUUACUCCUAAUUGUGAAAUAAAAAUUGUUGAUCCGGAGAGUGGAAAUAUAUUAGGACCAAAUGAAGAGGGUGAGUUGUAUGCCAAACACGCCGGGAUGAUGUUGAGAUAUUACAAAGAUGAGCAGAAUACCAAGGCCGCAUUUGAUGAAGAAGGAUGGUUUCGCACCGGGGAUUUAGCAUAUUACGAUGAGGAUGGCGAUUACUUCAUCGUUGAUCGCCUAAAAGAGUUGAUAAAGUUCAAAAAUAACAUUCAUAUUGUACCCGCCGUAAUAGAGGGAAUUAUCCUAACACAUCCUGGUGUCUUUGAGGUCGCAGUGGUGGCCAAACCACAUGUAUCUGAUGCUGAACAUCCAAUGGCGUUUGUCAUAAAGCAUCCGAAUGCAAAAGUUACCGAACAUGAUAUAAUUGACCUUGUCGCUGAGAAUCUACCUGACCAUAUGGCCCUCAGAGGGGGUGUCAUGUUCCUCAAGGAGAUGCCACAUACAGAUGCUGGAAAAAUUUCGAAAAAAGAACUGCGACGUAUGGCUAGAUCUGCCGCCUCUGAGCAAUAGCUCAAUAUCGCCAACAAUAUUAUGACCACUCGUUUUAUUUACAUGAGGAUCCAUUCGAUAAACUCUCAUGACAAUUAUCAUGCGUACCAUCGUUGGAAAUACAAAUGGGUAUGGAGGAGAGAGGGGGAUAUUUCGAUGAAGGGUUGGUGUACCCUCUGAUUAAAAAUUCUCGCGUGGUUAAGCCUCUGAUAAUGAUCUUUCUGCAACCCCUCGCCAACCUGUAGGGAUUUAAUACAGUAUGGAGUAAAAGCGAUUGUACUUACGCAGUCAGCGUGCACCACCAUGGGAUGGAUAAAAGAGGAAAUAGCUCGAGGUCAUCGUGCUUGGGAAUUAACGAUUUUAUGUUGAUACCAGGGAUUGAAUUUAUUGUUUGAUACUUUAAAAUUGCGACAAUUGAGCCACAGCAACUAUGCAAGCUCAAUGAUUUGAGGUGAUUAUUAAAUUUAUUUUUAAUCUCUUUGUAAUUUUUUCAUUUUCUCAAGUCAAUAAAUUUCGAGAUGAAACAUC